AGCUUAUCAAUCGAAUGGCGACAUAUUGGUUAGUUUAGGAGCAGAUAACGGGAGAUAGAUACGAUUAUCUGUUUCGAAAUGCUGCAGUCACAAGGAGACAGUCGCGGUUGCCAGUGGCUGUCGGAAUGGCGGCUCUGAAGGUGUUAUUAGCAUUGUUGUCGCUCUCCGCGCGCGCACACUCCGCCAUUGUAUCGGUGCCAUCUGUGACGUCGGCACGGGCUGAUGACGUCACACUCACCCUUGAGCCGCAACUAAUUGGAGGAUAUCAGCUGGUACUCCAUGAAGAUGAUGAGCGCUCAGUAUUCGGGCACAUCGGCCGCACAAUCACGUCCAGUUCGGCUUUCACGGUAGAAGACGUGACAGGAGGAAUAGAGGUGCGCGUCGGUACCGCCAACCUGACCAUUAGCACUCUGUACGAUGCCACGAAGAAGGCGCGAGGCAUCAAGAUUAGAUGGGAUGCGGGACCGCAAAUGAGACUUGAAGAUUGUAUUGAUUUUGGUACAAAACACUGGUACGCGGGUCCCAUGCAAGUGGACCAGGUGUACCCAGUAGAAACCGCUCAACAGAGGUAUGCAGCCUCAUUUUCCAAGGAAACUGACAACGGAGCCAUUGCAGAAAGAUAUUGGCUGAACUCAGCUGGUGAAUAUGUCUACGUGCAUUCCGAAGUACCGCUUUUCAUCGACUAUCAUAAUUUGGCUGCAAAUCAUCUUUGCUUCGGCGCUCAAAUAACCAUGCCUUACUCCAGUAAAAGGACCCACAAUCUGCUAGCUUACGAUAUUUGGUUCCUGCCAAACGUAAAGGAGGCGCAUAAACAUGCUGUCGAUAAUUACUUAGGGAAGCCAUCAGGGCUUCCAGAUUACCGCAUGGUGCAGCACCCGAUCUGGUCAACUUGGGCUCAGUACUCCAGGGAUAUCAAUGAGAGUAAGCUUCUAGACUUUGCUCAGCAGAUCAGGAAUAAUGGCUUCGAAGAUUCCCAGUUCGAAAUCGAUGAUCUGUGGGAGGUGUGUUACGGAUCCUUCACGGUGGAUGAGAUGAAGUUCCCCAACUUUACACAGACUGUAAAAGACAUCAAGGCGAUGGGAUACCGCGUGACGAUUUGGGCGCAUCCAUUUAUUAACAAGAACUGCGAGCCGUGGUAUUCUGAAGCUUUGAAUAAUGGGUACUUCGUCCUGGACGAAGCUGGCAGUCCGGAUACCUCAUGGUGGAAUAACAACGGGUCGGUGCCCGGGUUCAUCGACUUCACCAACCCAGCUGCGGCGGAGUGGUGGUACCAGCGACUUCGCACCUUCCUCGACACCUACGACAUCGACAGCUUGAAGUUCGACGCUGGAGAAAGCAGUUUCACUCCUCAGAUAGCUGUCCAAACUGGAGAUAUCGAUCUACAGCCGCAUCACAUAGUAGAUACGUACGCCAGGGUCUGCGCCAAGUUUGGCGACAUGAUCGAAAUUCGGGCUGGGUUCAGGACCCAAGACCUUCCAAUCUUCGUGCGAAUGGUCGACCGGGACUCAAUCUGGGGUCUCAACAACGGGCUUCCGACUAUCAUAACCACCACGAUCCAAAUGAACCUGAAUGGCUACACGCUCGUUCUGCCCGACAUGAUUGGAGGAAACGGAUUCAACCUGGACCACGACCAAGCUGACCUUCCGACCAAAGAACUGUUUAUACGAUGGGUCCAGGCCAAUACUUUCUUGCCUGUUAUGCAGUAUUCUUUCGCACCUUGGAAUUUUGAUGAUGAGACAGUGCUCAUAAGCAAGAAGUACACUGAACUGCAUGCAGAAUAUGCUGAGGAAAUAUACGCGGCCAUGGGAGCGUCGGUAGAAGAAGGCAAACCGGUGAAUGCGCCGCUCUGGUGGAUCGCUCCUGAUGACGAAGAAGCUCUCGUUAUUUGGGAUGAAUAUCUUCUGGGUGAGAACAUUCUAGUCGCUCCAGUCCUCGAAGAAGGUGCCACGAGCCGCGACAUCUACCUCCCCACCGGCGUCUGGCUGGAGGAAGGUGACCCUGAGAGGGCCCACGAAGGUCCCCUCUGGAUCAGAGACUACCCAGCUCCCCUGGACAUCCUGCCCUACUUCGUCAGGCAGUCCCCUGCCAUUCCAGACUCCUCAAGAACCGUUGUUAUGUCUACAAUUAUUGUACUAUUAGGACUUAUUUUUAACUUUAUUAUGUAAUUUAAGUUUUCUGUUCGUUAUUUAUUUGAAUAAAGAAUUUUAUAACCUA